AUGGAUGAACAACAAAGAAUCGAAAGUGAAUUUAAUCGUGCUGAUUUAAAUCAUGAUGGAACAAUUGAUGAAUUAGAAUUUCGACAAUUUCUUGGACCAAUUAUUGAUGAAAGAAGAUUAUCUGGAAAUAUUAAUUAUCGAGAUCUUCAACAUAAUCUUCAAUCAUCAAAUGUAAGUCAAACAAUCAUAUAUCCAGUUGGCGUUGAUGUAGCUUUUGCCGGUUUUACAUCAAAUCCAAUAAAUUAUGAAAAGUUUUCAGGAGGUAUUUACCAACCAGAAGCUCAUAUAUAUGGAGUUGGUCCUGAUGUUGGUAUUGGUGCACCAAAUGUUGCUAGAAAAAGUAAUCAAUAUGAUCCAGCUGGUGCUAUGUUUGAUUAUGCUGAUCUUAAUCGUGAUGGAAGAAUCGAUAGAUCAGAAUUUGGUAUAUUUAUGCGUUCAAUGUAA